AUGACAUCGACCCUGCUGCGUCGGAGAAGCAAAAGAAUAGCGGAAUCUGGCGUUCUAGAGCCUUCUCACGGGUCUUCUGGUGGUGAGACCGCGACGAAAACUCAAAAUAAACGCAGGAAAGUCAUAGAUGCCACUACUAGUACGACUGCUAGUACACAUAAAGCUACAAAGGAAGAACGAUUGGUACAAUUAAGAUCGGACUUUAGUUUGCUUGCCAAUGAGCUAUUUCAACUUAAAGAGUAUGGGUCCAUAGUAUUUUGGAAUCCACUGGAAAUCAGUCCUUAUUAUGGAGGCGAUCUCAAUACAUCAACGGCUUCAUCAUCUAAUCUUGUUGGACAGUUCAACGAUUUUUUGCAGUUGUCUGGGUAUGUGCUCAAAUGGGAUGAGGCCAUAGAAGACGAUGACGAGCUAAAGAGUUUGCCUUUGAGAUUCCAACGGAAGAAAUUGGCAGAACGAGAGCUUGUUCUAGAUUCCAAGUUCCCCUUCCGCCAGCAAGUAAUAGAGGAUAGCAUUAAGCGAGAAAGGCACAUAUUGCAAGUCGCAGAACAACUGCGAGAGGUUGAGCAAAGCAAACUGAAGUACGUAAAGAAACCGCAAAUGAGCAAGAGCAAAGCGAAAGCCAACGGGAAAAUAACAAAGAGACAGUUGAAGGAAGUUGAAGAUGAUGAAGAAGAGCAAGAAGUGGACGACGACGAAGAGGAACAAGAAGUGGUGGAAAAUGAUGAAGAAGACGCAGUUGACGAUCAAGAUGAGGAUCAAGAUGAAGAUGUAUCUGAAUUGGUGAAUCAAUUAGAUGAUGAUCCUCAAGAAUCCGACUUUGAAUGCCCUGAUACAGAUUUUAAGUUAAAAGCUAUAACUUAUACCAUACCUCCUCCACUAGUUACACAUCCAUCGCACAUCCCUGGAUGGCAACCGGAAACAAACCAAGACAACAUGUUGAACGUGUUGAACGGAUCCCAUAAUCGUGAAAUAAUAGAUUUCCAUCCCGAGCCAUUAAAGGUUAUAUCAUCAAGUUCAAAACAAUUUUCGGUGCCUAUAAUUGACCAAAAGUUGAAACACUAUUUGGAAACGAACAAAGUUGCCAUUAUUGAUGAAACAGCCCAGGUCGACUACACUGGAAGCAUAGAGGAAUACGAAAGUAUAAUGCAACAACAGGAAAGAUUAAUGCAUAAGUUGCGUCAAAAGGUAAAUGUGGAAAGCCGGUUAGUAUUACAUGGUGAUAAGAUAGAGCAACGGAAAACAGUCCUUCCACAAGCACAUGUUAAACAAGCAUUGGAUCCCUUUAGGGCUAACGGGUAUACCAUUCCAAAAAUACAAGGUAACUCAAAUAAUGCCACUCAUAUUGACCACCUUUUAUCUCAAGGUGCAUCCUUUUCUCGAAUCCACCAACAAAUGAGAAAGCAGCAUCAGUUGAGAGCACGUAAGAUAGCCCAGAUGGUUGAGCAACACUUCAAGAAGAAGAAGGGUGAAAAGGAAAGGUUAGCCAAAGAACAGGAACAAAACUUGAAGCGUAUUGCUAGAACGAUAGCUCAAGCAGUUAGGAAGAGAUGGAUGCAAGCUAAUAAGGUUUACAGAUAUCUUCAACUGGAGAAGGAAGAAGAAUUGAAGAAAAUAAAGGGAAGAGAACAUUUGAGUCAAAUGCUAGAGCAUUCCACUCAAUUGUUAGAGGCCCAAUUGUCCAAAACUUCAGCCUCUGCCACGCCUACUAAUGAGGAAGAAGUAGAAGGAGAAGAAGAAGAAGAAGAAGAAGAAGAAUUGGAUCAGAGAAUAAACUCUGACGAUGAACUUAGUUCUAACGAAUCAGAAGAUGAGAGCAAGGAAAGCAUUGACAUGGAUGACUCUAAAUUAACAGUUGAACAAUUAAGAGUGAAGUAUUCAAACUUGCAUAGUGGAGAAACGUCGGACGUAGAAAUGGAAGCGGAAUCAGUAUCAGAGAAAAUGAAUGGCGCCACCAAAUUACCAACUUUUGCAGAUUCUGAUGAUGACGAAAGUGACUUAGAUGUGUCUCAUGGAAUAGGAGCCUUAUACAAUGGUGAAAUAAUUGAGCUAACUCCUCAACCAGAAGGUUACAGCGAAGAACAGAAGUUAAUCAUUGAAGCUUCAGAGAAAGGUGAUGCGAAUCUUUUGGAAUCAGACUCUGAUGGUAGUUUGACUGACUCGGGUACGAAUUCCGGUUCUGACUCUGACUCUGACUCGGAAGCAUUAUCAUCAACAGAGGAAGAAGCUUUUGAAAAGAAGCAAAGCUCAUUGGGAGCAUUAUUUGGGGAUGCACUUGAGAAUGACGACGAUAUGAGUGUGGAUAGCAUGUCAGUUUCUGAGGAUGAUGAUGAUAAUAAUAUGUCAUCGACUACUGAAGAUGAAGAAGAGCCCACUACACCGAAGUCACCCUUGGAAGAGCCUGUAUUUGAAGAGGAAGAGGUCAAUGGAACCAAAGUUAGAGAUGUUCCACUUCCAUCAUUGCUAAGGGGAACGUUGAGACCUUAUCAGAAGCAAGGUUUAAAUUGGCUAGCCAGUUUAUACAACAAUAACACUAAUGGUAUAUUAGCCGAUGAAAUGGGUCUUGGUAAGACAAUUCAGACCAUAUCUUUGCUAUCCUAUUUAGCAUGUGAACACCAUGUAUGGGGACCACAUUUAAUUAUUGUUCCAACAUCAGUUAUGUUGAAUUGGGAGAUGGAAUUCAAGAAGUUUGCACCGGGGUUCAAAGUGUUGACCUAUUACGGUUCACCACAGCAAAGGGCCCAGAAGAGGAAAGGUUGGAAUAAACCAGAUGCAUUCCAUGUUUGCAUCACUUCAUACCAAUUGGUUGUUCAUGAUCACCAGUCGUUUAAAAGAAGACGUUGGAAAUAUAUGAUUCUUGAUGAAGCACAUAACAUCAAGAACUUCAGAUCCACAAGAUGGAAGGCUUUGCUUAAUUUCAAUACUGAAAACAGAUUGCUUUUAACUGGUACACCAUUACAGAACAAUUUAAUGGAGUUAUGGUCAUUGCUUUAUUUCUUGAUGCCCUCUUCCAAAAUGAACCAGGCAAUGCCAGAUGGGUUUGCUAACUUUGAAGACUUCCAGCAAUGGUUUGGAAGACCUGUUGAUAGGAUUCUUGAACAAACAUCCAAAGGUGGUACCAAUGAUUUAAUCACUGAUGAUGAUACAGUAAUGGAUAGAAUGGAUGAAGAAACAAGAACCACAGUGGCCAGAUUGCAUCAGGUUUUGCGUCCUUAUUUGUUACGUCGUUUGAAGAAAGAUGUUGAGAAGCAAAUGCCUGGGAAGUACGAACACAUUGUGUAUUGUCGAUUAUCCAAGAGACAACGAUUUCUUUAUGAUGAUUUCAUGUCACGAGCAAAGACUAGAGAAACUUUGGCUUCUGGUAAUUUCCUUUCGAUUAUUAAUUGUUUGAUGCAAUUAAGAAAAGUUUGUAACCAUCCAGAUUUGUUUGAAGUCCGACCAAUAGUCACUUCGUUUGCAGUUCCAUCGUGUGUUUCCUCUAAAUAUGACUCUGAGGUUCGGAUCUUUGAGAACUUAAUUAAAAAAGACGAUAGUCAAACUGUUGAUACCAACUUUAUGAAUUUGGAUAUCACAAGCCAUGAUAAUUUGAACCAUUUCACUUCUGAGUCAAUAUCUAAGUUACAAACAGAGAAGGAGUUCACAGAACAGAUUCAGAAGUUAGAUAAGCUCAUUGAGGAAGCAGGAGAUUAUGAAAGUGCAAACCCUUCUGACUAUUUGGAGUACUACAGACAUACCAAGGCACAAAAACAGAAGGAAGUUCGUGAUAAGAUUGAACAAAUGCUCUAUGUUAAUAAGAUGAGAUGUUCUCGUAAGCCUAUACUUGGAGACUCGACGCUUGAGUUCAUUAAAAGUGCAACCAAGAAUAAACAGGUUACAACUGACGUCUAUGAUUCAAUGGUGUUGAACAUUCCGGAGAGAACAAGCAAGAUGAAAGAUGUUAUUGAAAAGUAUUCAGUGCUUACCCCAACUGUGGUGACGUUGGAUAUGAAAGACCAAUUGAUACCAUUGCAAACUCAAUAUAGAGUUCGAGAAGAAGUCCAGAAGGGAGCUAUUACCAACCCCUUCCACCAUUCCCAAGUGAAAUUAUCUAUUGCGUUCCCUGAUAAAUCGUUAUUGCAGUAUGAUUGUGGGAAACUUCAAAAGUUAGCUACCUUGCUUCAGAAUCUUACAGCUGGAGGUCAUCGAGCUUUAAUUUUCACUCAAAUGACUAAGGUAUUGGAUAUUUUAGAACAGUUUUUGAACAUCCAUGGGUAUAGAUACAUGAGAUUGGAUGGUGCCACCAAGAUAGAAGACAGACAAUUGUUAACCGAAAAGUUCAAUCGAGAUAAUAAGAUCCCCGUGUUUAUUCUUUCUACCAGAUCUGGUGGAUUGGGUAUCAAUUUGACCGGGGCCGAUACGGUUAUCUUUUAUGACUCUGAUUGGAACCCUGCAAUGGAUAAACAAUGCCAAGAUCGUUGUCAUAGAAUUGGACAAACCAGAGACGUUCAUAUUUACCGGUUUGUUUCUGAAUAUACCAUUGAGUCCAAUAUACUUCGGAAAGCCAAUCAGAAACGUCAAUUGGAUAGUGUGGUUAUCCAAGAAGGGGAAUUUACCACUGAUUAUUUCGGAAAGUUUUCAGUGAAAGACUUAUUGGACGAUACAGGAUUGGUGGGUGUCAAUACACUGAGUGCCAUUGGAGCCAAUGCUGAUGAUUUGACCCAAGCUGAAGAUGAAGAAGACAGAGCAGCUGCCAAGGCUGCUAUGCAGGAAGUGGCUCUUGAUGAAGAUGAUUUCCUGGAGGAACAUAAGGUUCCUGAGAAUGAAGAAAAGGCUGCUGUUGAUACUCAAGCCAUUGAUGCAGAUUAUGAUGCAGGAGUUGGUCAUACCGAUGAAUAUAUGUUACGGUUUAUUGCUGAAGGGAACUUCAAUGAGUGA